AUGGCUCAAGCGAACACUUGGAGCGGUGGCAGUUUUGUAAUAGCGGAAGCUAGUAUUGUCGGACUCGAUCAACGCUCGGGGGUUGCACUCGAAGUGUUGGUGAAACGCCGCGGGAAAGAGGACGUAAAAGAAAUGGUUGAAUUCGACCUGAAUGCAAUUCCCGUACCAGAGAGGAAACGAUACUACGGGGAUUUACCACCGGUGCCAGAGGACACCGAACGGACCGUAAUUGACGACGUUGUGCGGCGGAUGAAUCGUUUAUGUUGGAUUGUAGGCCAGCCCACUGUCACGGGGAAACUGAUUCAGUUAGCCAUUCAAAUGGGUGGUGCUGGUGUUGGAAAUCUGCGAGAGAACAUGUAUCUUAACCAAGUUCCACAUAAUCGCUACGUACGGGAUUAUUUCUACGAGCAAGCUGCAUUGGCGGUUCAUGAUGCGGUGGUUUUGUGUUCCGAAGGAAAAUGUAUUAACCGAAUGCUGAUCACAAGUCAAUUUCCGGAGAUGAAUCCGUCAAUGGACUCCUAUCGGAUCGGAACGAUUCUCGAAAUGGUGCGCACGAUUGGGAUCAAGCUCGCGGAAGAGAACUUGCGCGUUCGCAUUUGCGUACAGGGAUCUAUGGGAGUCGGUAUCUUUACGGGAAUGCCCAAGCAGCUAAAUGGGGUAUCAAAAAUAAUUCAAAUGAUGGACUGGCAAAGCGGCGAGGGCGAACUCAACGAAGGCAUGGUUGGCGACUACAUUCGUUUCGGUGCCGUUGGACCAGAACAUGUGCUAAACGAAGAAAAGGACAAGGAUGACAACGUUGUACAAUACCAAGACGACGUUUUUAUCCUUAUUGCACCACAGUCCAUGGUCGGGACCGACAGUAGUAUUAUGCCAUUGUUACAGGGUAUGGUGGAGGCCGCCGGCAAUCGUCCCGUCAUUUUAAUGAAUCCUGAUUUGACUGACAAGGUCAGUGCCGCCGGUCAACAAAGCGUUCGUGGGCGGCAGCAGCGUAUCGAUUUUGCCGAGAGUUUCCAAACCGUUUACCACUUCCAGAAUAUUUACAUCUCGGGAACGUCAUACUUUCCCAUUUUGGGGGCGAUUACGAAACUUCACCCAAAAGAACCCUGGCUGGCCCAUCAGCGCCGCGACUAUGCGGACGGAGAAGGAGAAAUUUACGUCCCGGUUUUGGCUGGCGAAGUCAUUCCCAAGGGCGAAGAGAUUCUCGACGCCUUUGACCGAUAA